GCACCUGCAAACCACAUCAUUUCUUCUCUCAACAAGCAACCAUGGCGGAACUCAGCUUCUUCGUCGGCGUAAUAGGCAACGUCAUCUCCGUUCUUAUGUUCCUUUCUCCGGUCGGAACAUUCUGGCGGAUUAUAAAGAAGAAAUCGACGGAGGAGUUCGAGAGCUUUCCGUACGUUUGCACUUGGCUGAACUCUUCUCUCUGGACUUACUACGGUGUUAUCAAGCCUGGAGCCUACCUCGUCGCCACCGUAAAUUCCUUUGGCGUUGUUGUACAGUCUUUCUUCCUCGGCGUUUUCCUCAUCUACGCACCGUCGGCUAUGAAGGCGAAGACUGGAAUUAUGGUAGGGAUUCUGGAUAUCGGCUUCUUUGCGACUGCGAUUGUGGUGAGUCAAUUAGUGUUGGACGGUGAAACGCGUAUUGGAGCCCUAGGGUUUGUUUGUGCAGGCCUUAACAUCAUUAUGUACGGCUCGCCGCUCUCUGUCAUGAAAACGGUGAUAAAAAAUAGAAGC